UACUUUGACGGGAAACGAUGAGUGUGGACUCUGGAAAGGAUGACCCUGAGAAGACAUUGCUAGGUAUUAAACUCUUACAUUUGGAUAAUGAUAUUGGAGAUUUGGAUCAAGAACUGAAAGGUAGUCUGGUACAGGACUCCACCUGUCAAUUACCAGCUACCAAUUCCCCUUUUAUAGCGGAUGAGGAAAGAAGAAGGUUGGAAACCUUGAGAUCGUCUUCUGCGCCACCAUCCCUAUUCUUUUCAACUUUUGACUUGUUUGGGAACAAUAAUAAGGUGGGAGGAGAAGAUGACGUUUCUUUGGAAACAGUCUAUGAAGGCGUUCGUCCCGAUGACCCAAGACUUGAUCCAGCAUAUUUCGAAUAUUACUACACGCAGAAGAGAAACGACCCAAGGUUCCCUAAACCCCUUUUAUCCUAUACUGACUUUCGUAUCGCUUCGGAAAGGAAAGGAAAAAACUAUAGCAAGGAGUUUUUGAACGAUUUGAAGGAGGCCAGUUCGAGUGAAAAGAGUAGCCUUGUAGAAAAUGUAACCGAAGACAAUCCGAGUAUGAACAACAGUGGUCAUGCUAUUAAGCAACCUCAGCCUGUGAUUGCUAGGCGAGUUCCUGUUGCAGGAGCAGUUCGUCCAUCAACUCCUGGCACUAUAGGAGACCGAGUGUCUUCCAAACUUAAUUUCAACGUAGAAUUGUCCAACUUGCCUUUGAACACUUCUGCUUCUUCAGAUGUUUCUUUGGUUAGUCCAUCAGCAAGUAGUUCCUGGCCAAAGAGUGUUAUGGAUAGGAUUCAAGAGGAUUUUCCACGUACUCCAUCUCCAGCAUUAUCCAAUAAUGCACUGCGCAAACAAACUGUUUCUUCUCCAAGAAAACCAGUCGAAAGAGUGCGGUCUUUUGGGGAUAUUGCUUGUAGUGACUCGUUAGCUCCCGGGAGUCCUUCACCACCCCCAACGGAACAACGAACAAAACAACUUGACAGGAGUUCAUCAUUGGAUAUUCAGUUUCAUGAUACCGAUACUCUCAAGGUUGCUGCAUCUACUAUCGAGUCAACUCUGCAGACGGUUGGAGAUCAAAAGUUGAUGCAAGGAUCCACAAGUGAGGGAAUAACCAAUGGGAGUCGAGUUUCACGCAGAGUUGCCAGAGAUAGCUUGCAAAAUGAGCACCCUUGGCAAGUCUCUGCUGCAGCAAAAGACGCAUUGAUGGAUUCUCAAACUAGAAAUGUUCCUUGGAAGAUGCACUCCAAAGGAAUGGAAUAUUCUUCUGGAGAAACGAGUGGAUUUUCGCAUGGUGGACCUUUUCCAAAAUCCAAUAUAGAUAGCUCGCAAGUACACUCAAGAAUGGAGACUCUUGAUCAAACGGGCUUUUCUCCUUUUAUCGGAGCACAGGAUAAUCAUUUUGUUAAUGACAUGAAUAAUGCAGUUCCUACGUCAUCCUAUUUAGGUCAACCUUCACAACAAUUGUAUGCAGCACAAUUUGCACAAUUUGCAGCAUAUAAUGCCGCUGCUGCCGUUGCUGCGAAUACCGGAAAUCCUCCUUCGCGAAAUGCUUUUUAUGCCUCUCCUACAAUGACUGGUGUUUCAUUUCCAGGAGCGACGCCUUUGUAUCUCAAUCCUGGAAUAGGCAUUCCAUCCAAUAAUAGACCAACCAGGGAAGCUUGGGAGAGUCAUCCAAUGAACAAUGUCUCAUUUCCCAAGUUUUUCGGUAGUUCUUAUAGUCCUCAAGGCCACAGUAUGGAGAAAGGAGCAGAUAUAAAAGCACAUUACAAUAGAGUGGCAGCAGAUAACUCCAUAGGAGCAUCCUCAUUUUAUUCUUCACCUUCAAAACGAGGAGGAAAGACUCGGAAAGGAAUGAAAUCCAAAAUAGAACAAGAAUAUUUACCGAAGGAAAGGUCGAAUAGUGUCGAAACGAAAAGAUCUCCACUUUUAGAAGAGUUUCGUCAGACUUGUUUGGUUGGACGUCCUAGUUCGAAUGCUCAGUCAGUUUCACAGUUGUAUCCUUCAGCUUUCAUUUCUUCUGCACCUGUCCGUAAUUGGGAGUUGUUAGAUAUUCGAGGGCACAUUGCAGAAUUUGCUUCAGAUCAACACGGUUCAAGGUUUAUUCAACAAAAACUGGAAGGGGCGAACUUGGAGGAAAUUAGGUCGUUGGUUGCAGAACUUGGUCCUGAUAUAGAUCGAUUAGUGAUAGAUGUUUUUGGAAACUACGUAGUUCAGAAGUUGUUGGAACAUGGUGAUGAGAAUAUUCGUCAAUUGUUAACCAAGAAAUUGGAAGGUCACAUGCUAUCCCUAAGUUUACAUAUGUAUGGUUGUCGUGUAGUUCAAAAGGCCUUGGAAGUUUUGAAAGGAAAUGAACGAACACAGUUGGUCCAAGAAUUGGAUGGUCACGUCCUUCAGUGUAUUCGUGAUCAGAAUGGUAACCAUGUUAUUCAGAAAUGUAUCGAAUUGGUUGAACCAGAGAACAUUGUUUUCAUCGUCGAUUCGGUGAAAGGUCAAGCAGUUGCCUUGGCGGAACAUGCUUAUGGAUGUCGAGUUGUACAAAGGGUUUUGGAACACUGCCCGAAGGAACACAAAGCAGAAAUCUUGGCAGAAAUAAUGGGUUGUGCUAGGGAUUUGAUCCGUGACCAGUAUGGUAACUAUGUCAUUCAACAUAUUGUAGAGAAAGGUGAUGCAGAUAACAAGGCUGUCAUUAUGAAAGUUGUGUUGAAUGAAGUAGUUGCUUUUGCACAACAUAAAUUUGCUAGUAAUGUUGUGGAACGUUGUCUUCAGUAUGGAAGUCCAGUACAGCGAAUGGACUUUAUUGAAGUAUUGGUAAGAGGCAAGGAUUCUGCGGAGGACUGUCCAUUAUCGAAUUUGGUAAAGGACCAAUUUGGGAACUAUGUAGUUCAACGAAUAUUAGACGUAGCCAAUGAGGAUCAUUUAAAGCGAGUAGUUAGUAUAUUGAAAGAACAAAUCCCUUAUUUGAAGAAAUAUUCUUAUGGCAAACAUAUCAUAGCCAAAUUGGAAAAUUUGCGAUCUUAGAAAUACCUAACACUUUAUCUUGUGAUGUUGGUU